CACAGCUCCUCUGCUGAAGGAGGAUUCUGGUCUCACCUGAGCUGCCUGGUGGGGAAGUCACUUAAGUGAUCUGGAGGAACUUUGAGAAGAAUCAUGUCUUCAGUUCAGAAGACGCCUGAUGGAUCAGACACAAUGCCUGAGAUCACAGUGAAGAUCAUUGGAAGUAAAUACUUUCGAUGUCUUGUAGAGAAGCCAAAGAACAGGCAAGAGGAGAACCUGCAGGCAGGCACCCUAGUGGCCCUGAAGAAACCCACGAUGGACACUACAGGGUGGGCAGAAAGGGAGCCACUGGCUCCUCCUAAGCCCUCUGCCCAGCACACUGGCAACCUCCCAGGUGAUGGUGACCAGCAAGGCAGCAAGCACCGAGACAACGCCCCACAACCAGAAGACAACCAGCAGCUCCCAGCAGGGACAUGCAGCAGCACAUAUGUGGAUGGCAGAAUUUCCCAUCAUGCAAAUGUCUACUGCAGCUCAGUACCCACUGGAGACCAAUCCCUGUCCUACAUGCAUGACCUCCCCAGAGGGAAGCUCAGACGCUGGUCCAUGGAACAGAGGGCAGGGGGCCACACUUGCCAGCCUGAGGACAUUGCUCCAAAGGCAAGUGAAAUGACAAGAGAAGACGCUUUCCUUCUCACCCUGGUCAAAAGAGAACUCAAGCCACACCCUUUGAGUUCCAGCUUGUUGGACCAGCUUCAGGAAGAGCUGAAGGCCAUGGACCCUCUCUCUUCAGGAUUUCUCCUCCAACCUCAUCUGAGCUGCCUCCUCCUGAGGCAGGAGAUCCCUCUGCAGGGGCCCACAGUCCAACUCCUUUGCCAGAGGUUCUCUAGAAGUGGCUCUCCCAAAAUGGUGAAUUAUAGAAAACUACUCUGGUUUUUACACUGCGCAUCUUCUGAUGAUUUGCAGCAAAGCAGAGGAGUUGCAGACAGCAACAGGAGGGAAGCUCGGGGUCUGAGCGAUCCUAGCCAAAGCACCCUGCCUCAGCCAUCAGACAAUGACCAGAGCCUACUGGAGAUCUUAAAGAUGGUGCUACAGACAGCCAGCAGACACCUCAACAUAGAGAACCUCAACCUGAACUUUCGGAGAGAAGAUCGUUCAUUUUCUGGCUGUCUUCCCCCACCCAAGGUCAGGGCUAUCUGUGGGAAACAUGGAUUAUAUCUGACCUUGAGCCUACUGGAAAUACUGCUUAACCACCAAGAUCUGGGUUACCAGGAUGAAAUAAAAUGGCAAAAUUUUGUUGAGUUACUGAAAAGAGCUUCUUUGGACUUAUUGUCUGGCUUACCCACAGGGAAGUAUGAACAGGAAGUUCCUGCCUCUCCAGGGCAGUCUGAAGUCCCCGAGGUACCUCAAAGCCAGACUGAACACCAAACCGCAGAAGAGGAGCUGCAACCAAAAAACCCUCCUGCUGAGACUUCAGCGCUGGAAGAUUCUCUGAGCCCUUUGAAGAUCAGGCCAGUUUCCCAGCCUCUGCUGAGUUCAGCCAUGAAGAAUGGGUCUGAGGAACACAAGGAAACCUGGAUAGACAGGUUCAGGAAGCUCGAAAACGCCCUCUACCUGUGUGAUCUGAGCAACACAGGAAAUCUGGAGAAAGAACGAGCCCGACGCCUCAUUCACAACUACAAUCUCAUUUACAACCUCUCCCUGAGCCCUCAGAAAAUUGACCAGGCUUUGCGAAGAUUCUGUUCUGGAGAAAAUCUGCUGUUGGAGCCAGCACUGCGGUACUUGAAGGAGCUAUGA